AGGAAGUGUGAACCACUCUUUCCACCAUCCGCCCCCAGAUCGGCUCUGCAUCACACCACCUCAAACUGGCAGAUAGAUCCUCUCUCUGUCCCUCCCCCCUCCGGGGGACAAGUCCGCGGUGGAAGGAACGAAGCUACCGUUUGAGUUGCAUCUGAUUUCUCAUCCGGCGGACCGGAUGCGAGAAGCGAGCUCGACCCCGACGUGCUCCGCUCCCCGGCCGGGGCCGGUAGCUUGCGACCACGGCUGGCCCAAACAGUCGAGGUGACUCGGCAUGGCUGACCGGAGCUGCGAGCUCAGUGUUGGCUGCAACUAAUUUACACCAAAUGAGACUUUAGCUUCCCUGUUUUUUUAGGUGUAAAAUAUGCAUGUCUUCUUUUUUUUUUUAAUGAAAUGAAAUACGUCAGAGGAAUGUCCUUACCGAUGGAGCAGUGAAUAAUGGCAGCGAAAGAGGAACUCUACGCCAAAGUGACCCCGCGGAGACAGCGCCAGACCCGCGCAGGCACCGUCAAACAUGGGUCAACUCUGGACGUGCUGCUGUCCAUGGGCUUCCCUAAAACCAGGGCCUUGAAAGCUUUGGUUUCGACAGGAGGGAAAAACGUCCAGGCAGCUUGCGACUGGCUCUUUUCGCAUGUGGACGACCCUUUCCUGGAUGACCCUCUGCCCAGGGAAUAUGUGUUGUACCUGCGACCCAGUGGUCCACUGCUGCAGCAGCUCUCGGUUUUCUGGCAGCAAUCUCGCCUCUCGUGCGGCAAAAACAAGGCACACAACAUCUUUCCCCACAUCACCCUCUGCCAGUUUUUCAUGUGUGCCGAUGCAAAGGUGGAGGCUCUGUCAGAUGCCCUCCAAACCUGUGUGGCAAAGUGGAAAGGUCAUAUACCCAUGCCCCUUCCACUGGAGCUGUACACUUCCUCCACCUUUAUUGGGCUCUUUGUGGAGGAGCAAGUGGCGGAGGUGCUGAAGAGUUUUGCGGCCGAUUUUGCAAAAGAAGCGGAAACUAAAGCAGAUGUGCACGUUGAGCACCAUAAGAAGCAACUCCAUGUCACAUUGGCAUACCACUUCCAAGCCAGCCAUCUUCCAGUCUUGGAAAAGUUGGCCAAAAACGUGGAUGUGUCAUCAGGCUGCGACUGGCUGGCUGUGCUCUUCUCCCGGGAUAUUCGCUUUGCUAAUCAUGAGACACUGCAAGUCAUGUAUCCCUAUGCGCCUCAAAAUGAUGACGAGCUUGAACUGGUGCCUGGAGACUUCAUCUUCAUGUCACCUAUGGAGCAAAGUAGUGCCAGUGAGGGCUGGGUGUACGGGACGUCCCUAGGCACGGGGCUGUCCGGCCUGCUGCCUGAAAACUACGUCAACCGCGCCGAUGAGUCUGACACCUGGGUUGUUCAUGGGUCUCAUUCUGUUCUCAACUACCCCUCCUCGUCCACCGCUGGCACCACACUAGGCGGGUUACUGUUUGAUGAACAGCACACCGAGAGUCUCCUUGACAGUCUGGUGGAUCCUCCCAACCUCGGUAGCCUCGGUCCUCCCGUGCAGGUGACACGGACACCCGGUCAGUCCUCUUUGUCCAAGAUGAGAUUGUUUGUGUGUCGACAUGGGGAGAGGAUGGAUGUUGUGUUUGGGAAACACUGGGUAACUCAGUGCUUUGACGCCAAAGGCAGAUACAUUCGCUCAAAUCUCAACAUGCCAUCCAGCCUGCCACCCAGGAGCGGCGGUCAUAGGGAUUAUGAUAAAGAUUGUCCAAUUACUGUGUUUGGCUCCUCGCAAGCCCGUCUUGUAGGUGAAGCCUUGUUGGAAAGCCACACCACAAUAGACUUUGUUUAUUGCUCUCCUUCGCUUCGCUGCGUCCAGACCGCUCAACACAUUGUGCAGGGUCUCCAACAGGAGGGAAAGACCAAAAUCCGUGUGGAGCCUGGACUUUUUGAAUGGACUAAGUGGGUUUCAGGCACCUGUUUACCCACCUGGAUCCCCCCAACAGAGCUGGCUGCUGCUAACUUGAGUGUGGACACAACAUACAGACCUCACGUUCCCGUUAACAAGCUAGUCGUAUCCGAGUCUUAUGACACCUACAUCAGCCGGAGCUUCCAAGUGACUCGAGAAAUCCUAUCAGAGUGCAAAAAUAUAGGAAACAAGGUCUUGAUUGUGGCCCAUGCUUCCUCUCUGGAGGCCUGCACUCGCCAGAUCCAAGGACUCAGCCCACAAAACUCCAAGGACUUUGUGCAAGUAGUGCGAAAGAUUCCCUACUUGGGAUUUUGUGCUUGUGAAGAAAUGGGCGAGACGGGGGUGUGGCAGCUGGUUGACCCCCCCAUCUUGCCUUUGACACAUGGACCCAAUCACAGCUUCAACUGGAGGGAAAUGCUAAUGCCAGACUGAAGAUUACCACACAUUUCCUUUAACGUCGCAAACUGCAAAAUCUAUAUUUAUUUUUUACCCACAGUGCUACCAAAAAAUGAACAAACACGCCUGGCUUCCAUGAACUGCAUCUUGUCAAAAACAUCCUUUUUGGGGGGGCAAAUGUAUUGAUAUGCACAGCUCAGGAAUGUGAUGAUAACAGCAAACUGUAGCUAGACUCAUGUCUUUGUAUUCUCUCACCCAUGUAUACACUGUGACAAGAAUUAUAUGAGAGGCUACAUGAAUACAUUUCAGAAAGUAUUAUUUGACUUGUGGCUACAACUUUGCUGAGGAAGAAGCACAAAAGGAAUGCUUGCAGGGAGGAAAUUAUCAUUGUUUUUAAGGUGGAAACGGGUUGUUUCUUGUAUCUGAUUUUAUUCCAGUAAAUGUCAUACUGUAUCAUU